AUGCAGGAACGCGCUGCUGCGGGCGGUGGCGGACUUGCCACGAUUCCCGCCGACCACGUCAAGUUUGUGGCCAACCCGGCGAGCGCCAAGGACUCUGUUACUCCGGCGUCAGAAAACAAUCCGGCCCGUGAGGCUCAUCGCUCGGUUCACGCUGCGCUCUUGGGCGUCAUCAGCGGAGGUGGCGGUCAACAAGACCCUGAUGCCAACGAGCGAGUUGUCCUAGGGACCAUUGAGCCUGGCCAGGCCUUUAUUACACCCUCCGGGGGCCGCCUUUAA